AUGACGACACAUCCUCUCGAAGGCCAGGUCCAAGGCGACCCUGAGCCAGAGCUCCUCGACGGCCGCAUGUGGGUUGAUGGCUGCUUUGACUUCUUCCACCACGGACACGCAGGUGCCAUCUUCCAAGCGAGACAGCAGUGCAGCGAGCUCUACGCUGGUGUGCAUUCGGACGAAGCCAUCCUCGCGAACAAGGGUCCCACAGUGAUGAACCUUGACGAGCGUGUUGCUGCCACCGACGCCUGCCGCUGGGUGACCAAGUCCAUCCCAUACGCGCCCUACGUCACCUCCCUUCCCUUCAUCUCCCACUACGGCUGCCGCUACGUCGUGCACGGUGACGAUAUCACGUCCGACUCGGACGGGAACGACUGCUAUCGUUUUGUCAAGGAAGCCGGGCGUUUCAAGGUUGUCAAGCGCAGUCCAGGGAUCUCCACGACUGAUCUCGUGGGGCGGAUGCUGUUGUGUACAAAAAGCCACUUUAUAAAGAACAUGGAAGAUCUUCUGGCAGGGACUGAGGGUGACGGCUCGGCGGAGGGGCGGAUGGAACUGGGAGACAGCAUGCACAGCAGGAUAAAGUGCUACGCAUCCGACGAGACGGCGUUGGCACCAGGGGUGGCCGUGUGGUUUUGGCGCUCGACGGAGCAGGCCACGUUGGAGGGCAGUGGACCAGGCAAGUUCAGCCAGGUCAAGGGGAUACAAGGGAAACCUGUCCAGCCGGGGCAAAGGAUUGUCUACGUUGAUGGAGGAUUCGAUCUCUUCUCCAGCGGACACAUCGAGUUCCUGAGACAGGUCGCUCUCAAAGAGGAGGAGCUUUCCAAGGGAGGGCCGCCAUCGUACAUCGUGGUGGGCAUUCACGAGGACAGUGUCAUCAACGAGUGGAAGGGAGUUAACUACCCCAUCAUGAACAUCUUUGAGAGAGGACUCUGUGUCUUGCAGUGCAAGUACAUUCACGCCGUCGUCUUUGGCGCACCUGCCAGCCCUUCACGAGCCUACCUCGAGAGCCUGCCCGCUGGGACGCCUGUCGCCGUCUACCAUGGCCCGACUGCCUACAUGCCGCUCACCUACGACCCGUACAAGGCGCCCAAGGAAAUGGGCAUCUACGAGGAGAUUGGCUCCCACGCUUUCCAGCACGUGAACGCCGGGGAGAUUGUGGAGCGGAUCAUGAAGAACAAGGAGAUGUACGAGGCACGGCAGCGGAAGAAGGGUGUCAAGGCUGGGUUGGAGGCCCAGGUCAGGGAGAGAGAGGUUCUGGAAGAGGAGCAGAGGAAGAAAGAGGCUGAGCGAUUGGCAGCAGCCAAUUGA